AUGGAGGCUCAAGAGGAACAGCACCCCCCUAGCGUGACUACCUCUCCAGGGCCCGCCAAUUCUGGUGCUAGCUCUGCCACCCCAUAUGUAGGUGGAAGCUCAGCUGCUGAGGGAACCACUGGAAACCCGCCCACCAGUUCUGCAGGCGUCCCUCCAGGAGGUCACUCAAGCUCCAAGCCACUCGUUCCCAAUGGGUCUACAACUUCAGGAUCUCAUCCUAAGUACACAACCACUCAACCAGAUGUCCCAGACACGACCAAAUCAGGCUCGCCUGCUGGAACCUCUAGUGGUUUUCCGACAUCAGGAUCUCCAGAUGGCCCUGCUAGCUCCCGACCCAACAAUACCGGGACAAAGGGAUCGGACACAUCAAGCUCAAAGCCUGUAGGCCCAAGUGGAUCUACACCAAACCCUCCAGGCGGUACUACAGGCUCCACACCGAAGGGUCCUGCAAGUGACGCAACUACGACAAAGUCAACAUCUCCUUCAGAUGGUGCCUCAACUGGUCAGACACCUAAUGGAACCCCAGACCACAGCACCACAAGUCACCCUUCCUCGUUUCCCACAAUGAAUCCAUCUGAUCGGGUUUCCUCGGUUGAUCUAGCGUCAGCAACUGAUCUACAAUCUGCCGCGGCAAGCAAUUCUAAUAUCGCUGAUUUUUUGCCCUCAGCAUCUCCUUCCCAGGAGGAAUGGGCUUCUAUGCCAGCUACCACAACAUCCGGAAGCCCAGCCAGCACUAGCUCUGACAGUGCUAUCAUUGCACUGAUGUUGAGAAAUAGCUAUAACAACAUCGAUGAUCUUAAGAAGGACCCGAAGACAUACAAGAAGCAUAUUGAAGAUAUCGAAGAUCAAACCUCGAAGUAUCUCUCCAAGACUGGAUUUGAUACUGGCAGAUCCCCUUGCUCUGGCUCCAAAAAGAGAUCGUCCAUCGAAAAAAGAGGCCUCUUCGAUGCCGUUGCCAGUAUUGCAAAGUCGGCGGUCAGCGCUACAGUGGAUACUGCUAGCGAAAUUGCUAAUUCUGCCCUCAGCUGUGUGGCACCGAUCGUUGAUGACAUUAAAAAUGUGAUACCUGAUGAUGUUGAUGUGAAAGAUAUCACCCCUGAGAUUGAGGACCAGGUCAGGAAAGGAACUGAGUAUCUCGACGAAAUUAGCAACAUUGUGGAUGACAUGGAUGAGAAGAAGGAUGACGAUGACCACACAAGCUCGUCUAAAUCUGAUUCCUCAACAACUUCUUCGUCAACGACAGGUACUUGUACAUCAAGUACUACAUAUUCCGAUUGCACUUGGGAUACCAUCGUCACUCCAGUGGCCAACUCCGACACUACCACGAUCAGUGUCAUUACGAGUACCCAGUCUUGCACGACACGGACUGGCUGUGAUGAGAAGCCGAGUACUUUCGAGACCACAUCUACUGUCGAUGUAUGCUCCUUCGUUUCUGUUCAAGAAGCUCCUGGGGUUGGAGUCGCAGCCACCAGUUUUAGUGUAUCCGCAACACCCGGUGCUGGUGUCUCUGGAGGCUCGUCCGCAAUGGCUCACUCUACAGCUUCUCCAGGCUCAGCGCCCAAGACAACUGGCUCAUAUUCAACAACAAAGUCCUCUGUCACCACCACCACCACCACCACCUCCUCAGCAGGCCCUACAUGCAGUGCGAACCAUGUGGUGGAUAACAAGGACGGAUGGGAGUAUUGUGAAUUUGGAUGCACUGAAUACACUGGAAAAUAUAUGAUAGCCAGCUCAACCUCUGGUCAGAAAUCCUACCAGCCAUGCCCCUACUCCAGGCCCCCUGUUGGAAUGUCGUGGAGUCCGGAUAACGAGGGUCCCUUCACAACAACCGCGAAAGACGGCACCGUCUACAAUUGUGACGAUUCUCGCUACCUUGACCAUAAUGUCGGUGAUUCUAAAUCCUGCGUGACCUCGAUGAAAUCCAUCACCCAGAUUUCCACCAUCUACGCGGCAUACACCUCUUCCGUAGAGUCGGCAGCUUCAGCAGCAUCGGCAUCGGAAGCUAGUGUCAGUGCUUCGAAGGCAAGUGCCUCUGCUGCUUCAGCAUCAGCUGCAUCCGCAUCAGCUGCCGCAGCCACUCCAUCUGGUUAUGUCUACAUCACGUUUUUCACCGCUGAGGGGGCUGGAUUCGGCUAUCAGAUUCUCCCCAGUGACUCUAGUGAUGACCCUGAUAUUUGCAACAUCGUCCCUGUUGCAGUAUCAGAUGGAGGCACUUACUACGACCCUCCUGAUACCAUGGAUAUUGACCAUGGAGUUCUGAAGGGCUGCAAAUACGAAGACGAUGAGAUUAAAUGUGACGACUACACUCUGCCUUGCAAAGAUUUCGAUGGGAAGGAAACCGAUUGCGGUCAAGCGAGGGUUCAAUGCGGACGUGAUGUGAAAACCUAG